AUGGGUGGGUAGGUAGGUUUCAGUGUAGUAAUGAGGGGAAAUUAAUAGACUUUAUAGCAUAUUUAGUAUUUAUAAUAUUUCUAAACAGAGCUGAGAGCUGGAAACAGAUAAAAAAAUUUACGAUCUUUGGGUAAUAGUAAUUAUCCAUUUACGUUGUUAAUUUGA